UCUCUCUCCCUCUCCCCCUCUCUCUCUCUCUCUCUGCUCCGAUGUCAGCCGUGUGUGUGUGUGUGUGUGUGAGAGAGUGAGUGUGUGUCGCCGCCGCCCGGGCAGCGGGAGGAAAGGAAUCGUACGGGAAAAAAAAAAACAAAAACACCAGCAACAACAUGGAACUGACGGCAAUCGGAGACCGAGUUUUUGCCGCUGAAGCCAUCCUGAAACGCCGCGUGCGAAAGGGCAACAUCGAGUAUCUGGUGAAAUGGAAAGGAUGGGCACUGAAGCACAGCACAUGGGAACCUGAGGAGAACAUUCUGGACGAUCGUCUCAUCACUGCGUUCGAGCAGAAGGAACGAGAGCAAGAGCUUUAUGGCCCAAAGAAGCGGGGACCUAAACCAAAAAACUUCGUGAUCAAGGCACGUGCUCAAGCUGGCGAGACGUUGUCCCGUCCCUCCAGUACCCGUCUUGCCACUCCAUGCCCUCCCUCAUCGUCGGCACUUCCUUCUAACCCCUCGUCUUCGUCAUCAUUGGCACCGACGCCCAGGUUGCACUCUCUGGCUGCCUCACAUAAGCUCAAGAAAGAUAUUCAUCGCUGCCACCGCAUGUCCCGAAGACCUUUGCCCCGGCCUGACCCUUUAGCAAACCCAGACGGCUCCUCCUUAGUUUCCCGCCUGCCAAUCUCUCCGUUUUCUGAGACUGUGCGCAUUUUGAACCGCAGGGUCAAACCACGUGAAGUCAAGCGUGGACGCAUCAUUCUCAACUUAAAACUUAUUGAUAAAUACGGUGCUGGGGCAACAAAAGGACACCAAGGAAGGUCGCAAAUACCAUCUCGGAAUCGCAUCAUUGGAAAAAGGCAAGGAGACAUGCCCUACAAGCCGUUUCAACCACCCAUGAAGAUGCCCGGGUUUCCUAUGUACGGCCAGCCAUUUGGGCUCCAGCCAUGCCCUCCUGCUUCGGCUUCAACGGGUACAAGAUCAGGGUCUGCUGUUGGAAGUAAAACCAGAGCUCAUUCUUCAGCAGAUUCUUCCAGGGUUCGGAUCCAGUCUCCUCCGUCUCCAUCCAGCUCCAGCAGCACUGAAAGUGAUACUCCCUCUUCACCCCAAGUUCAGUCUCGUAGACAAGCCCAGCUAGAUGCAACCUCAUCCUCAGCUGUCGCAAUGAGUACAGAAACCUCAUCCCAAGCUCCUAAUAAAUCAGGAACCAAAUCUGGAUCUUCAGCACCCUCCUCUCCACACCUGUCUUCUUCUGCUUCUUCCCCUAUAUCAUUGUCACCAGAAGAUAAAAAAAGAAGGGCACAGAUUCUACCCUGUGUGGCCAGAGGCAGGAAAAGAAAACCACGCCGUCAGUUUCAGACAUCCGUUCCCUCGAGUGAUGGCACUGAGAAGACGGUGCCUAAACAAGGUGAACCCAACUGCCAUUCUAAGCGGACACCCAGUGGUGCCAAUGUUGCUGUGAGCGAUGUUCAUUAAGGAGCACUGCCGGUCUAGAGCAGCUUCCGGUCCCUCAUCACCAUCCCACGCUGAGAAUGCCAAAGCUUCCAACCCUACUCUUCUCCGGUUACUACCAACAGUGUCCCAUUCACCCCUAAACCCCCAAAAAGAACUUGCGAUUAGAAUAUUCACAAAAAGCAACGUUAUCAUCAAUGAAAUUUAAACAUAUUUUUUAAAGAAAUGAAGUUCUCUCUAUAUAUAUGGACUGGCAGAGAGUUCAUGCUCUGCUCGUUCUGGUGUAAUUCCUUUCAACUGCACAUUGACCCGAGAGAUUCCGUUCCAUUGGUGACUCUGUACUUCAGUGACCAUGAGGAAAUCUGGCACUGCAAGAUGAACAAAGUGCCAUAUUGUAGUAAUAUUGCUUUAUAUUGUGGUUCCAAAAAGCCUUGCAAUAUAUUCAAUAAUAAUAAUAAUAAUAAUAAUAAUGAUAUAAUUGAUCAGUGAAUUCCUGACAUGACUGUGGCAACCUGCACCGUUUGAGGGCUUACGUGUAUAUCGCAGCCUUCUGCAAUACGUCAG